AUGGACCAAGCAAAACACAACUUGCUACAUUUUACUACAAGUACAAAGGUAAAAUCAAUGCUACUUGUACAUGUAUUAAAUAUAUAUUGUACAUAUAUAUUGUACUUGUAUUAAAUAUAUAUACAUGUAUUAAAUAUAUAUUGCAAUGUUUCCGAAUUUUAAAUGGUCCGGUUAUAAGGUCGUCAUUGCGAAAAAAAUUGACAUUAAGCAAAUUAGACGUUGGGUUGUUCCUCACAAACAUCAACAUUGCACUAUAUCAUAUUGACACAACUCUCGCCGUACUUGCAUAAGGAUUUGGCUGACGCUAAAAGGUAUGAACAUCAAUUCUUAAUUAGAUGUUUUGACAUAAUUACAUUUCAUUGUUACGUAUUCUCAUCAGGUAAACGGAGGUGCAUGGAAACAAAAAACGCAUAUCACAGGUGUUCUGGUCAACCAGAAACAAGAAGCCCAUGCGAUUCUUGAUUUAUGCCAGUACCCUCAUGAUUCUAAUUUUACCAUUAGUGUCAUGCUGGAGACUGUUGCACAUCAAGAGAUCGGUAAGUUUAACCGAUGGACCACAAGUUGCCUUUGUGCAGAGCCUAACAUCAGUAUGCAUAUUGUUUUGCCCCUUACUACGUAAAAGAAAAAGAUUCUGUUUUGCUGUGCAUCUCUUUCGUAAUGAAUCACAGAGGACGUCACCAUGUGGUAAAGACAUAACACACUCGGCUGCACUGCGUGCGCCACAUUGACUUUUUACCGCAUUUUGACGUUAUCAGCGAUAUAUUACUGAACAGGGUCACUGCAAAUUGGAUGAUGAAUUAAAGACGUCAUUCAAAAUUGAAUGACUUCUAUAGUGUUGACAAAAUUAAAAUGCAUUACAUAGAAGAAAAGUUUAAAACUAUUAUAGUUUUAAAUGCAAUGCGUCGCAGUGUUUCGCUCGCUACCUUCUUGUUGAUCAUUUUUAAUUCAUUUUUUCGGUACUCUUUUACCAAGGGUAUCUGCCACCUGUCCUGUACCUCCAGAUGGACAACUGUUGGAGGGAGAACAAAAAUCGUUAUGUCUUAAGUUUUCUGAGUUUAUUGGUCGAGAGGAACAUUUUUGAGAAGGUG